CAGCAGUGUUUGACACUUAACAAGUUUGUGAUAUAUUUUUUGGAUUAUCAGAUUAUAUAUUUUUUUCCCCAAUUUUCCUAUUAACCACAGAUCACAAGUACCAUGGCACGUGUGCUGAGCAAGGAUCCAUUGGAUAUAGAGAACAUUUUGGCAUUGAAUCCUCGAACUGCAACUCAUGCAGCUUUAUAUUCCACUGCAGCUAAGAAGGAGAUUAAAAGACACUGGAAGAGAAAUUCUGACAAAAACUGCUCUAAGUGUGAAAAGCUGGAAAAUAAUUUUGAUGACAUCAAACAUACGACUUUUGGUGAACGUGGUGCACUUCGAGAAGCAAUGAGGUGCCUGAAGUGUGCGGAUGCUCCUUGUCAAAAAAGCUGUCCAACCAACUUGGAUAUAAAAUCAUUCAUUACAAGUAUAUCAAACAAGAACUACUAUGGAGCUGCCAAAACCAUCUUUUCUGAUAACCCUCUUGGCUUGACAUGUGGAAUGGUAUGUCCAACAUCAGACCUUUGUGUAGGUGGAUGCAAUUUAUAUGCUGCUGAAGAAGGGCCAAUUAAUAUCGGAGGAUUACAGCAGUUUGCUACUGAGGUUUUUAAAGCAAUGAAUAUUCCUCAGCUAAGGAACCCAACUCUUCCACCUGCUGAAGAUAUGCACCCAUCUUACAAGACAAAGAUUGCUCUCAUAGGAGCUGGCCCCUCAAGUAUUAGCUGUGCAUCGUUCUUGGCUCGUCUUGGAUAUUCUGAUAUUACUAUUUUUGAGAAGCAAAAAUAUGUUGGAGGCUUAAGCACAUCAGAAAUUCCACAGUUCCGACUGCCGUAUGAUGUUGUCAGUUUUGAAAUUGAGCUGAUGAAAGAUCUCGGAGUAAAGGUAAUUGAGGAUAAGGGUCUGGAAAUGAAUGGAAUGACUAUCACGUCUCUGAAGGAAGAAGGUUUUACCGCAAUAUUUAUAGGCAUUGGCUUACCUGAACCUAAAAUAGAUGAUGUGUUCACUGGACUCUCGAUAGAUCAGGGCUUUUAUACUUCAAAAGAUUUCUUACCACUUGUGGCAAAAGCUAGCAAACAAGGAAUGUGCGCCUGUCGGACUACACUGCCAUCUAUAAGGGGUGCAGUUAUUGUGCUUGGAGCAGGGGAUACGGCAUUUGACUGUGCAACAUCUGCCCUGCGUUGUGGUGCCCGUAGGGUAUUUGUAGUCUUUCGGAAGGGAUUCACAAAUAUCCGAGCAGUUCCAGAAGAGGUGGAAUUAGCUAAAGAAGAAAAGUGUGAAUUCUUCCCCUUCCUUUCACCUCGCAAGGUUAUCUUGAAAGGUGGGAAAAUUAGUGGGAUGGAAUUUGUUCGAACAGAGCAGGAUGAAGAAGGAAAUUGGAUUGAGGAUGAAGAUCAGAUUGUUCACUUGAAAGCAGAAGUGAUUAUUAGUGCAUUUGGCUCUGUGUUGAGUGAUCCUGCAGUUACAGAGGCCAUGAAACCUAUCAAGUUUAACAGAUGGGGACUACCUGAAGUAGAUACUGAAACAAUGCAGACCAGUGAACAGGGGGUGUUUGCUGGAGGAGACAUUGCAGGCUUAGCUAAUACAACCGUAGAGUCUGUUAAUGAUGGAAAACAAGCUUCUUGGCAUAUCCACAAAUAUAUACAGUCAUUGUUUAGUGUGUCUAUUCCUGCGACGCCGGCGCUUCCUCUGUUUUACACACCCAUUGAUAUGGUGGAUAUAAGUGUGGAAAUGGCCGGAUUAAAGUUCUUCAACCCCUUUGGCCUUGCAAGUGCUCCCCCAACUACCAAUGCUGCAAUGAUACGAAGGGCCUUUGAAGCAGGGUGGAGUUUUGCAUUAACCCCCAAAACCUUCUCCCUUGAGAAGGACAUAGUUACAAAUGUUUCACCAAGAAUUAUACGUGGAACUACCUCUGGUUCUGUAUACGGCCCUGGUCAAGGAUCCUUCCUUAAUAUUGAGCUCAUUAGUGAAAAGACAGCAGCGUAUUGGUGUCAAAGCAUCACUGAACUGAAGGCUGACUUUCCAAAGCACAUUGUUAUUGCAAGCAUCAUGUGCAGCUAUAAUAAGGAAGACUGGACGGAGCUUUCAAAAAUGGCUGAGAAGUCAGGAGCUGAUGCCCUUGAGUUAAAUCUGUCUUGCCCCCAUGGCAUGGGAGAACGAGGCAUGGGUCUUGCAUGUGGGCAGGAUCCAGAGCUGGUACGAAACAUCUGCCGGUGGGUUCGGCAAGCUGUCAAAAUUCCUUUCUUUGCCAAAUUGACCCCAAAUGUCACAGAUGUUGUGAAAAUUGCGAUGGCUGCACAUGAAGGUGGUGCAGAUGGUGUUACGGCAACCAAUACGGUCUCAGGGCUGAUGGGACUUAGAGCCAACGGAACACCUUGGCCUGCAGUUGGAAGAGGCAACAGGACCACAUAUGGUGGCGUGUCUGGAAAUGCUAUCAGACCCAUUGCUCUUCGGGCGGUUUCUGCAAUUGCUCGCGCUAUUCCAGGAUUUCCUAUUUUAGCUACUGGUGGUAUUGAUUCAGCAGAGAGUGGACUGCAGUUUCUACACAGCGGCGCAUCUGUUUUACAGGUUUGCAGUGCUGUGCAAAAUCAGGACUUCACACUGAUUGAUGAUUAUUGUACUGGCCUUAAGGCACUUCUAUAUCUCAAGAGCAUUGAUGAACUUCAACAUUGGGACGGGCAAAGUCCUCCUACUUUCCGACACCAAAAGGGGAAACCCAUUCCUAGAGUUGCAGACAUUAUAGGAAAGAAACUUCCAAACUUUGGACCUUAUUUGGAGGAGCGCAAAAGGAUUUUAGCAGAAACUAAAAUGAAAGAAAUUGCACAAAACCAAGCAGAAUUUUCAGCAAAGAGUCACUUCCUCCCAAAGAAACCUGUCCCCGCAGUUAAGGAUGUAAUUGGCAGAGCAUUGCAGUAUAUUGGAUCAUAUGGUGAAUUAAACACACAGGAGCAAGUGCAAGCCCUGAUUGAUGAGGAAAUGUGCAUCAACUGUGGAAAAUGUUACAUGACCUGCAAUGACUCUGGCUACCAGGCUAUCGAGUUUGAUCCUGAGACCCACCUGCCCAUGGUCAAUGACAGUUGUACAGGCUGCACUCUGUGUCUCAGUGUAUGCCCUAUUAUUGACUGCAUCAAAAUGGUUACCAGGACAACGCCUUAUAUACCAAAGAGAGGCUUGCCCUUAACUGUGAAUCCCGUGUGCUAGGGUGACCAGUUCAACAAUUAAUACUAACUUCACAUCUUCCAUGGUUGAUAUAAAGUAUCAUUAUCAUACAUUAUUUGAAAUCAGAUCAUAUUAUAGAAAAAAACAUGAAUAAUUGUAAUACUACUUAUUACACAAACUAUAAAUGCAUGCAUUUUAUUAGAAUUAAUUAGAAUGUAUCCUUAACUCUUUCCAUAAUAGUACUGCUUUUUUUUUUUCUUCUUGUUUUUUUUCAUGGAAAUAUAUUAGUAAAAGCUACACAAUGUAUUUCAGCUAAAAAAAAUCUCCUGCAUUUUCUGUUUGCUUUGUAGUUCAAUACUGUACAACAUAAUUAGUUAUGUGAAAAACAAAGACUUAUAAAAGAAUUACUGUUUGUAUACAGAGACAGCAGAUUCACCAUAAGGAUUUAACACUGGAUUAAGUACUUUGUGCAGUGCGUCCACUGAUAAAACAUAAUGUAUUUCUUAAUCCUUAAUACAUUAGAGCUCAUAAUGUGUACUGAAAAAACAAAUACAUUAACCAUUUUGAAUAUAAACUGCUCAGCUCGUUAAAAAAAAACCUCACAAAAUAUACAAUUAAUUUUGAAUUUCUGCCUCAAUUCAUAGAAGAGAAUUAGGAGAUAUUGCUACUCUAACCAAAUUAUUGUUCAGUAGGGUAAUAUCUUCUCUAGGUUUUUUGUUUUUUUCUUUCUUACUGAUGAUUCACAAUAAUAUAAUGUCAGACAGGUGUCAAUCAUUUUUCAUUAGUCCCACUACUUAUAGAAGUUUUAUGUUUAACCUUUUAAUGGCCAACGACAGAAUUAUUCCCUCAUGGAACAAUUGAGCAGAUCAGAGCUGUAUCCUUAAGGGGUUAAACCAAUGUCAUUGAUAUGUUUAUGCAAAUAGUUUGCUAAACGUUUAUCGUAUUUGCUCAGUGUUCUUACCUUAAAAUGCAUUGAGAUUUGUAGAAGACCUAAAAAUAUUUCUUAAAAAAUAAAAAUCCAGGUCCAAUGUUAAAAGUUAAUAUUAAAAAUAAAAAUACUACUGCAAAUGUAAAGGUUUAUUUAGUAUCUAAUAAUUCCUGUAGUUUAUUAGACUUAUGAAUCAAAGGCUCUAAAACCAGAAUUUAAAAAAAGUUAUAAAUACUUUUUACUAUAAGAUGAUUAUAUAGCAUACAAUAAAAAAAAAAUCUUUAAUACAUAUGAGUGGUAUUCACAUUUGAAAUAUAUCGAGACAAUUCUAAUUAUUUCAGAAAAACUGUAUUAAAUUAAUUAUGUUUGAUACAAAUGCCACAUUAUCAAGUGUUUUAUUAUCUAAAUCUGCAUAAAAUAAUUAAAAUAUAUUAUAUUCUGCAAUAA